UUUGUGCGUUAAUAUUUAUGUGAAUCUGCGCCACUCGCCCGCUUCUUCAGUCAUUCCAGCCACCGCUCUUCAGUGAUUCGGGAAACUAAUUGACCGUGAACAAUGAGUAAGCUUCAGAGUGAGGCGUUGAGGGAAGCCAUCACUGUGAUUGUUACAGAUUCUAAGGAAAAGAAGCGCAACUUCACAGAGACCAUUGAGCUUCAGAUUGGACUCAAGAACUAUGACCCCCAAAAGGACAAGCGUUUCAGUGGAUCUGUCAGGUUGCCCCAUAUCCCGAGGCCUAAGAUGAAGAUCUGCAUGCUUGGAGACGCACAGCAUGUGGAGGAGGCAGAGAAGAUUGGCCUUGCAUCCAUGGAUGUCGAAGCACUGAAGAAGUUGAAUAAAAACAAGAAAUUGGUGAAGAAGCUAGCAAAGAGGUACCAUGCUUUCUUGGCCUCAGAAGCUGUUAUUAAGCAGAUUCCACGUCUCCUGGGACCUGGUCUUAACAAGGCAGGCAAAUUCCCUACUCUUGUUACACACCAGGAGUCUCUUGAAGCCAAGGUGAACGAGACAAAGGCCACAAUUAAGUUCCAGUUGAAGAAGGUGCUCUGCAUGGGUGUUGCUGUGGGUAACCUUGACAUGGAAGAGAAACAGAUCUUCCAGAACGUGCAAAUGAGUGUCAACUUCCUUGUUUCCCUUUUGAAAAAGAAUUGGCAAAAUGUGAGGUGCUUGUUCUUGAAGAGUACCAUGGGAAAGCCACAACGUAUCUUCUAAGAAGUUUAUUGUUUAUCGAAGAAAGUCAAGUUGUGUGAGCAGAAGAACCUAUUCUAAACUUCCCAGGAACGGGAAUUUUUUGGGCUUUUUUUUUUUUGUGAAAUUGAACAAGGGUUUAUUAUUGAUACUCUUUUGUAGUAGUAAUUGUUUAUCUCCAGAUUAUUGCUCAUAAUAUGUUCCUUGGAUUUAUUAGUCUACUUGUUUUGAUCAA